GUGGCCUGAGGUCACAGUUUCAGGUGAGUGCAACUGAAGGGAAGGGAAGCAAAAGUUUUGUGCUGUUUCAGUCUGUCAGGCCUCUUGGAAACUACUUUACCUUUGGAAUAUUGCUGAACAGAAAGGUAAAUUGUAUUAAUUAAUUGUUUGAUUGUUGUCUUAAAUACUGCUAAAAUAUUAUGAAUAUGUGCUGAUAUAAUCGAGAGUUAAAUACACAAAUUCCUCACUCAGGGAGUAAUUAACACUUACGUAAAAUACAGUUGGUUAUAUUGUAGAGUAUAUGUCCUCUUUUUGUAGUAUUCCCUCCCCUAGUCUUGGACAGAAUGGUAGUCUUGGACAGAAUGGAUAUAUACCAUUCUGUCCAACAUUCUGUCCAGGGUUAUCUAUCCCCCUCAGAAGGAGUGAGCAUAUUUUGUUAUGGGAAAACAAGUGUCCUUUUAUCGUUGGAGUUUCAGUGCAUGAUAAAGACUACCUACCUGUUAGCUGAGUAAUGUAUCCUCAUAAAACUAGAUUGAAAUCACAAUGAGGAAGUACACAUUCAAACAAUUCAGUUAGUAAUUGUAAUCAUAUUUCUCUUGAUGUUCCAUACAGGUUUACCAAUAUGGUCACUAUGCGAAAGUGUCUUACAUGCUCAAGACUACAGUUGGCUGUGAUGUUUGUGGUAACAGUUUAUCUCAAUACAGGUGAGUUGUCAAAUAAAUCAGUGUUUCCCAACCUAGUCGCCCCAUGCUAUCCAUUAUGUUGGGCCCUUCUAGCCUCCACUGCACUCCACUGUGUGACAGGCAUUGACUGUGAAUUCCUACACAACAGGUUUAUGUCACUUAAUGUAAACAGUAGUGGAGUGGAGCCCAGACAGUGUCCCAGGUCAUAACAACGCCAGUGUCUGCUGCAUCCAAUAGCCAGUGUCUGUCCUACAUGUACCUACAUGUUGGAUAUAUCACAUUUGUCAGUAAUGCAUUUACACUUCUGUGAACUGCUAAUGCAGUUUUUCCCUAUUAAGAAGUUGUCACUUUAGUCUGACACUUACAGUGAGGGAAAAAAGUAUUUGAUCCCCUGCUGAUUUUGUACGUUUACCCACUGACAAAGAAAUGAUCCGUCUAUAAUUUUAAUGGUAGGUUUAUUUGAACAGUGAGAGACAGAAUAACAACAACAAAAAUCCAGAAAAACGCAUGUCAAAAAUGUUAUAAAUUGAUUUGCAUUUUAAUGAGGGAAAUAAGUAUUUGACCCCCUCUCAAUCAGAAAGAUUUCUGGCUCCCAGGUGUCUUUUAUACAGGUAACGAUCUGAGAUUAUGAGCACACUCUUAAAGGGAGUGCUCCUAAUCUCAGCUUGUUACCUGUAUAAAAGACACCUAUCCACAGAAGAAAUCAGUCAAUCAGAUUCUAAACUCUCCACCAUGGCCAAGACCAAAGAGCUCUCCAAGGAUGUCAGGGACAAGAUUGUAGACCUACACAAGGCUGGAAUGGGCUACAAGACCAUCACCAAGCAGCUUGGUGAGAAGGUGACAACAGUUGGUGCGAUUAUUCGCAAAUGGAAGAAACACAAAAUAACUGUCAAUCUCCCUCGGCCUGGGGCUCCAUGCAAGAUCUCACCGUGUGGAGUUGCAAUGAUCAUGAGAACGGUGAGGAAUCAGCCCAGAACUACACGGGAGGAUCUUGUCAAUGAUCUCAAGGCAGCUGGGACCAUAGUCACCAAGAAAACAAUUGGUAACACACUACGCCGUGAAGGACUGAAAUCCUGCAGCACCCGCAAGGUCCCCCUGCUCAAGAAAGCACAUAUACAGGGCCGUCUGAAGUUUGCCAAUGAACAUCUGAAUGAUUCAGAGGAGAACUGGGUGAAAGUGUUGUGGUCAGAUGAGACCAAAAUCGAGCUCUUUGGCAUCAACUCAACUCGCCGUGUUUGGAGGAGGAGGAAUGCUGCCUAUGACCCCAAGAAGACCAUCCCCACCGUCAAACAUGGAGGUGGAAACAUUAUGCUUUGGGGGUGUUUUUCUGCUAAGGGGACAGGACAACUUCACUGCAUCAAAGGGAUGAUGGACGGGGCCAUGUACCGUCAAAUCUUGGGUGAGAACCUCCUUCCCUCAGCCAGGGCAUUGAAAAUGGGUCGUGGAUGGGUAUUCCAGCAUGACAGUGACCCAAAACACAUGGCCAAGGCAACAAAGGAGUGGCUCAAGAAGUAGCACAUUAAGGUCCUGGAGUGGCCUAGCCAGUCUCCAGACCUUAAUCCCAUAGAAAAUCUCUGGACGGAGCUGAAGGUUCGAGUUGCCAAACGUCAGGCUCGAAACCUUAAUGACUUGGAGAAGAUCUGCAAAGAGGAGUGGGACAAAAUCCCUCCUGAGAUGUGUGCAAACCUACCAUUAAAAUUAUAGACUGAUCAUGUCUUUGUCAGUGGGCAAACGUACAAAAUCAGCAGUGGAUCAAAUACUUUUUCCCUCACUGUACAUCCCUGCCUGAGGGACUCCACAUUCUUUGUAAGUUUCAAUCCUGAAUGUGUGUUUUUCUCUGAACCCUCAGAUGUCUUAGAGGCUAUUCGGAUAACAUCCACAGGGCCUCAGACCAUUCAGAGAGCCCAGGGGGAGACAGUCAUGCUGGGGUGCACUUUCACCCUUGACCCAUCUGACACAGGAGAACUGGACAUUGAGUGGUUGAACGUCCGUCCAGACAUGACCCAGAAAGACCAGCUGGUGAGACUACAGAGCAGGGGACAGAGGGGAUCCUUGAACUUAUGGGAAGGGUUUGGAGAUGAAACAUGCAUUGUCAAAUGAAUGUGUUAGUCUUAACAUCCACUCAUACCAUAUAUGUCAGACUAGUCUUGGAGAUUUGUUUAGCUACAUGCUAACUUAUCCUCACUGUUUCAGUAAAAAAACGUGUUCUGAAUAUGUGUUAUCAAUACUUGUGUUGUGUGGUUUUUGUCAUUGAACCGAAUCUAUCUCUUAGAUAUUAUCUUAUUCAGGAGGGCAGAAAUUGCAUUAUGGGGACCUCAGCUUGUCUACCAGGAUGUCCUUCACAGGAGACCCCACACUGGGAGACGCAUCCGUCUCCAUCGCUGCAGUGAAGGUCUCAGACACAGCCACCUACCAGUGCAAAGUCAAGAAGGCGCCGGGUGUCGACAUGCAAAAAAUUACUCUGGUAGUGAUGGGUGAGGAAUGCCGCUCCUCCCAGAAUGGUUUCUGUUUUACCAGUUUCAUAAUUCUACUGUUAUGUGUCAUUUGUUUUAAAAUUUGCUCUCUCACUGAGAUGGAAUGUUAACGCCCUGUUAUCUCCGAUACUUCCAUUCAGCAGCCACACCUCUUUCCUUUGUUGCUAUCGAUAUACCCAAUUUCCUCUGGUGGAAAUACACUUAGAAGAAAUCAACAAGUUUACACAAUGGCCCAUUUUGCUAUUGCAUUUUACAUUUACAUUUUAGUCAUUUAGCAGACGCUCUUAUCCAGAGCGACUUACAGGAGCAAUUAGGGUUAAGUGUCUUGCUCAAUGGGCACAUCGACAGAUUUUUCACCUAGUCUGCCCGGGGAUUAGAACCAGCGACGUUUCGGUUACUGGCACAACGCUCCUAACCACUAAGCUACCUGCCGGUUGGGAAAAUGCAUAUGUACAGUACAGGAGCGCAACUUUGCUUUUAGAACUGGGGGAGACAUUAUUAUAAUAAUUGUUUUAUCAAGUCGGAUAAACACACCAAACAGCCUACCCGACCACUCGGAUGCGUCCGCAUGGUCCUAAAGCACACCGUUGCCUCGUUUUGUAUCACAUUUCAAUGAUAAAACUGGCGGGGACAAACAUGCUAUUUCAGAAUGUGGGGGGGAUAUGUCCUCCACCUCCCCAGUGAAAGUUGCGCCCCUGGUACAGUACAUCAAAGGAAAUCUUUCCAAAGACACUGUUUUACCUCUAUUCUCUUGCACCAGUCCCUCCAUCAAUGCCUAAGUGCUGGAUUGAAGGUGGCGAGGAGAAGGGGAGCGAUGUCUCCCUUCAAUGCAAGUCCUCCGUGGGAUCCACCCCCCUCAACUAUGUCUGGACCAGAGAGAGUGGAGGGGCCAUCCCGCCCACAGCAACACAAAGUAGGAACCAAGAACCAAAGCCUCUAGAUAAGACAUGGCACACAGAACCAUAGAUCUAUUGUACAGUACAUGUUGAUAUACUGAGGCGUGAGGUGUAUCUUGUAGCUGGCAGUGAUUGUCUUUGUGGGUGUUUUUAGACUCUCAGACUGGAGAGCUGAUGAUAAGAAAUCACUCAGAGAGCUACAUGGGAAACUACCUGUGUGUGGUGUCGAAUACUGUUGGCAAAGGGCAGUGUAAAUACACCCUGCACGCAUACAACCGUAAGUUUAAAACCACAAAUCUCUUUAAGCCUGUUAAUUGGGAGAAAGUGAGAAACUGUGCAUAUGUGUGGACCUAUUCCUUGGAACCUGUCUGAAUAUCAUUACCUUUUAGCUUCCAACAAAAAAGGGAUCAUAGCGGGUGGUGUGAUUGGUGCCCUGCUACUGUUGCUCCUCCUCCUGCUUCUCAUCUGGCUUCUGGUCUGCUGCUGCCACAAGCGUCGCUAUGAGAAGGAGGUUGCCCAUGAAAUCAGGUAUGAAAUAUGACAUUCCAUACAUUCCAAGAAUUACAUGCUGCAGCAGACAAACUGUAAAAUGAGUUUAACUCCUACCGUUCUGUGCUUCUCCUCGGUGGCCUGGCCCUGCCUCUGCCCACCAGGGAGGACGCCCCAGCCCCAGAGAGCCGCCCCACCAGCAGGAACUCCAGCUUCCGCUCGGUCGUAGGCUACCGCUCCCACCCCGGGGUGGUCUACAGCUCCGUAAGAAAGGGCCAGCCCAAGAGGACAGAAUCAGGCCACAGCAGCAUCUACACAGACAGGAGCAAAGGCACGCCCGCCCACAGCGGGCAGCAGGCCCCUCCUGUGUUGAAAUAUGACAACAAUUAUGGCUACCCUGUGUAA